AUGUUUUUAGUCGUCGUUGAUGCUUACAGCAAAUGGAUCGAAGUAAAAACAACGAACCUUACAACUAGCACAUCUACAAUCAAAACUCUGGAUGAAUUAUUUUCUAGUUACGGAUCUCCAAUCACCGUAGUCUCAGAUAACGCCAUGCAGUUCACGUCCGUCGAGUUCAAAACAUUCCUCCAGUCAAGCGGCGUUAAAUACCACAAGCUAUCAGCCCCAUAUCACCCAGCGACUAAUGGACAAGCCGAACGUUGUGUUCAGACUGUAAAAGAUGCACUUCAUAAAAUGCAGUCCAGACGAAGUUCACUACAUCAAAAUUUAAACGAGUUUCUCAGGCAGUAUCGAAAAGCAGCGCAUUCAACAACAGGUCUUCCCGCACAACUUUUCUUAGAGCGCAACAUACCCAUCACAAUGGACAAAUGGAUUCCAGACACAAUCAUUACACGCCUAGGAGAUUUACACUACGAAAUUGAUCACUUUGGAAAAUCGUUCAAGCGACACGUCGAUCAGAUCAGAGGGACAAUACCGAAACUGGGAGAUCGUCCUUCUGAUUCUCUUGAAUUUCCACUUACAGGAACUCAAAGUACUCCUGUGUCUACACCACGUCGAGUGCACUUCUACGAGUAUCAGGCAGCAUCUGCGAAUACACCAAGUGCUCCAGCAAACGGACAACAUGAAGAGAGCACGGCGCCAGCAGUGCCCAGACCACCAAGAGCUUCCACUCCUCAAGAGCAAAAACAGUCGCCAGCACCAGUCACCGAAAGAGCAACCCAGGCAAUGCGACGAUCUACACGGAUUCGCAAACCCAGACGAUUAUUCACACCAAGUUGGAUUUGCCACCAAGUUUCCAAAGGGGGGAGGAAUGUCGUGUAUGCAUAUUAUUUUGAAUGGCCCGCGUCUAAUUUAGUGUACAAUGUUACCUGA